GUUCAUUUCUGUCAUGUAUAUAUUGGGUUAAUAAAUCUAACAGUUAAAUUUAAUCGACGACUAAAUUAAAUUGGCAAAAAUGCUUACAACAAAAUUUCUAAACUUGUCCUUGAUCUAAUUUUUUUUUAUAUAUCAAGAGGUAAAAAAUUAAUAAUCCUUAAUGUGUAUGUUAACAAAAUACUGACAUUGACAAGCUAAUCGUCAAUCAAUUUUGGUCGAAGUUGGGAAGAAAAGAUCGAGGAAUCUGGAGUGCAAAAGGUGCACGUAAAACGAACGAUUCAAAGGAAAUUUAAUACGCUGAAGUGACAGGUGUCAAAUCAGGUGUGGUGGUGAGACUGGACUGGUCAGGUCACUCGUCAGUUGACGUAGGGGUGAGCUGUGUACAUGUUCUAUUGCGUGUUCGUCGCAGGCUAAGCAUCACCAUGUGGGCGAGGGGUAGCGUCCGCACCACGAGUCUCGGGCAUUCGCGCGACCGACGUUAGACGACGCUCGACCUCCUUACUGACGUGACGUCAGUAUAACGAUGUGUGCGUCAAGCUAGCAGUCUGAACGUGAUGGGCUCGACGUUGCUCGAGACGAGUUCACGUAAUCCGCAAGGGCGACAUUCGUAGCUGCAGGGUGAACUCCUCCACCGCCGUCCAGUCCUCGUCCGGGCGAGAAUAUGAAUAAGAGCCACGCGAACAAGAGGCUGAAUCAGCUGCCGAGCUGGCUGUGGACCAACUCGACCACCCUGCCGCCGGUAUACAAGAUGGUGUGGGAGGCGGUGCGGGAGGAUCGGGUCAGGUCGAACGGCGUGCAGGCCGAGCUGCUCGUCGACACCAACAAGGUGUUCCCGCUGCUGCUCACCAGCCAGCUGCCGACGGAGGUGCUCGGUCACAUAUGGAGCCUGGCGAACCAGAAGUACGCCGGCCAGCUGACCGAGCAGGAGCUGUACAUCGUGCUGGCCCUCGUGGCGGCCGCUCAGACGUCCUACACCUUCAACAGCCUCGACAUCCUGCAUUUGCUCCCCUUUCCGCCGACGCCCUACCUGAACAUAGAAUGCCUGAUGAAUCUGCAGCCCGCCUGUCCCGCGGCGGCGCAGGCACCGAAACUCCAGCACUACGAGGAACCCGGCAAUAAUAUGUGUGCGGAGGGAAAGUACAUUCCCGACGUUAAGGGAAAAGCUAAAGUUAGAGCCCAAGUAAACACAGUGCCUGAUGCAAAUAUAUUCUUCUCUGGCGCGCCUGGCAAGUCGUCUUGCUUCGACGGCAAGGUUCAGGCGCCCGGCGGGGGUGCAGCUGGGAGUAAUGUCAAUAAUCUGUUCAAAGACGUGAGACAGAAUCCGCGUGCCGUUCAAGCCGACGUUCCGUCUGUGUCGUCCUUCGACGAGUCCUGUGAUGAGUUUACGGAGUUCCAAAGCGCCCCGAUCCCCAGCGUCUCCAGCAUGCCGAUCUGGGACAGCAAGCAGGGCUCCGCGAUCGGCAGCCGGCUCGCCAAUCACAAUCUGGGAGUGAAGAAAACGGUCGACAGAGUCAAGAGGACCGCUGGCGGAGGGAAAACCGUGCAUAUCAACGCGCAAAUUCGCACGCCCGCGCCCGCGAGUUUGCCAUAUCAAGGCAAGGAUCAGCCCGUGAUAGAGUCCGAUCUGUUUCCUAAAUGCGGAAUAAAGAGUCAGUCCAAAACAGUAAUACUUAAGGACACUGCGAUUAGAAAUAAUGACCCGCCUAAGGAUCACAGCGACAGUUUUAACAAUCUGGCGGAGCAGGCGGAGCCUGUCAGCGGCGACAAAGAGAUGUUACCUAAAGUGGAAUUAGCACCAAAGGCCGUUACCGUAGCAAUGUCUGAUUCUGUUCAUCAAGAUUUAAUGAGCUUACAACAAGUCGAGGAUAAGUACAGCGCGUUGCGCGAGCUAGUUCAAGAGACAUCCGUUGUAAAUGAUGCGAGCUUAGAUUUAACUUACAAUAAUCAGUCGCCGGCUGACGAGUUCGGGGAGUUUAUGUCGGCGGAACAGCCAUCCACCAAUCCCACGACAUCAGACGCUUUGGAUAUCGAGAGCUUUAGCAAUAUGUUUGCGGAUUUUGAGUUUAAAACGCACGCUAAUGCCGAUAACAGUAACUUAGCAGAUCUGAACUUUGUAUCUGAAGUGUCCGAGUCGUUCGGUAAUCUAAAACUCGAUGAUGGAAUUGAAGGACAAUUGGUAGAAGCAGGAAAGAAUGUUCAGAAAGAGGAUGCUAUCUCGAUAAAUAGUAUAGAGUUGAUUAGCGGUCCAUCCGAAGCACUGCCACGUUCUGGAUCUGUGCCUAGCUUAGAUCUUAAAUCAUUUUUGCCUUCUAACGUAGAGGAAGAUCAAGUUAUAGAAGCUCCACAGCAGACCGUAUAUUGGGAAUGGAAGCAAUAUAUGGAAAGUUGUGUUUUACUACUACAAGUCGCGGCCAAUAUAUUUACCAAUAUCACGUCAGAGUUAGUUUUGCAGGAAGUUUUAAAUUCAGCCCAGGGAUAUAACUUUCUUUGCCAAUUAGCUGAAGUUGCAGCUGUUUGUAGACGCGUUAAUUUUUCAUACAAGGAAUUGGAUAUAAACAUCAUCGGAUUUGAUGACCUUUUAAUGGACAUUGAUCGGAUCUGGGCUGAAAUGGAACCCUUUUACGCAAACAUCCCAAUUGUCACUGAACUACCAGCUUGGCCGUUACAUCAGGGAGAAUGCGUGUCUUGUUCCCUGUGUUUAACAGUUAUCACGAGUGGUCGAGUCGUGUAUAACGAUAAUAACUAUCAUGUAACAUGCGCAAAUCUAUGGCUCAAUUGCGUGAACAAUCAGUUGCCGGUGAUGCGAUACUCUUUACUCUGUCAAUCAUCUAUAUGUCCAGGAAGUCACAUUUAAACGUUAAUCUGCAAAUUGCAAGGCUUUAAAAUUCAAAAUAAAAUUGUACUGUUCAGAUCUUAUUAAUGUAAUGCAUAGAGAGAGAGUGAGAGAGGAAUUUAUCGUAAAAAAGUGAUCUUUAAAAGUGGAGUUCUGAAUACAAUUCGCAUUUAAUCUAGUGAAAUCUCACAGGUAUGUGUAUAAACAAAACAAAAACUGCAGAUUCAAUGUUCAUACAAAUUAUUUAUUAAACUUAUACUUUUUAAAAAUUCUUAAUGUCAUAUAAUCGCUCAUUUGCUACAAAAC